UUGAUCUUUCCGAACGUCCGCUUUUCUGUUUUCUUCCGGGCUGCAUUGAACCUCUUCAGCUGCCGUAGGCAGUGGGUCGAAAGUGCCGGGCAAAAUGGAAGUGAAUCCCCCGAAACAGGAGCACCUGCUGGCCCUGAAAGUGAUGCGGUUAACUAAGCCUACUUUAUUCACCAAUAUUCCAGUAACAUGUGAAGAAAAAGACUUACCUGGAGAUCUCUUUAACCAGCUCAUGAGAGAUGAUCCCUCAACUGUAAAUGGUGCAGAAAUUUUAAUGUUAGGAGAAAUGUUGACUUUACCACAGAAUUUUGGGAAUAUAUUUUUGGGAGAGACCUUUUCCAGUUAUAUCAGCGUUCAUAAUGAUAGCAAUCAAGUUGUGAAAGAUAUAUUAGUAAAAGCUGAUCUUCAGACAAGUUCUCAGCGUUUAAAUCUUUCAGCCUCCAGUGCUGCAGUGGCUGAACUUAAACCUGAUUGUUGUAUUGAUGAUGUCAUACACCAUGAAGUAAAGGAAAUUGGAACACACAUCUUGGUGUGUGCAGUGAGCUAUACAACUCAGGGUGGAGAAAAAAUGUAUUUUAGAAAAUUCUUCAAAUUUCAGGUUCUCAAACCAUUGGAUGUGAAAACCAAAUUUUACAAUGCGGAGAGUGACCUCAGUUCUGUGACUGAUGAAGUAUUUCUCGAAGCCCAGAUUCAGAAUAUUACCACCUCACCCAUGUUUAUGGAGAAAGUUUCAUUGGAACCAUCUAUAAUGUACAAUGUAGCAGAAUUAAACUCAGUCAGCCAAGCUGGAGAAUGUGUAACUACAUUUGGGUCAAGAGCUUAUUUGCAGCCAAUGGAUACACGCCAGUAUUUGUACUGCCUAAAACCCAAGAAAGAGUUUGCAGAAAAAGCAGGCAUCAUUAAAGGAGUAACAGUAAUUGGAAAAUUGGAUAUAGUGUGGAAAACAAAUCUAGGUGAAAGGGGAAGAUUACAGACCAGCCAACUUCAGCGAAUGGCUCCAGGUUAUGGAGAUGUUAGGUUGUCUUUGGAGGCAAUCCCAGAUACCGUAAACCUAGAAGAACCUUUUCAUAUUACCUGUAAAAUAACAAACUGCAGCAGUGAAAGGACUAUGGAUCUGGUUUUGGAAAUGUGCAAUACCAAUUCUAUCCACUGGUGUGGCAUUUCAGGAAGACAGCUUGGAAAGCUACAUCCGAGUUCUUCUCUCUGCCUUGCCCUUACUCUCCUGUCCUCAGUACAGGGACUGCAGAGUGUCUCCGGCUUAAGACUAACAGACACGUUCUUAAAGAGAACAUAUGAAUAUGAUGACAUCGCACAGGUCUGUGUGGUAUCUUCGGCCAUUAAAGUGGAGAGCUGAAGAAAAUUUCCAGUGUUAUGCUUUUCAUUGAAUUUCACAGAAUUCUCUGUAUUUUUGUCACCUUUGUGAAAUGAUCAAGUCUACAACAUAAAUAAGCACCUACUAUUUAAAUUUAUUUCCUGCCAAAGUUAAAAUAUUAAAUAUUUGGUCUGAAAAGAACCAUCUACAGAUUUUAUCUUGUGAAUUAUAUUUUGAGUGGACAUUUGUACAUUUUCUGCACUCAGCCUAUUCCAUUUUUAGAUAACCAUUGGACUUUGUUCUCCAAAAGCUCUGUAUUUGAGGUUAUUUGUCCCUAGCAAGUAUCUGAAAUGGGGGGUUAGCAAACAUUUUAUGUAAAGGGCCAGAUACUAAAUAUGUGUCUUCGCAGGGAAUGUGGUUUCUGUUGAAAAUACUCAACUCUGCUAUUGUAGUGGGACAGCAGCCUAUAGGGCAAAAAGAACAAGCAGUGUUUACAGAAACAGGCAACUGGCCAGAUUUGGCCUGCAGGCCAUAGUUUGCUGACUUGAUCUAAAAGAUACACUGUUUCUUAAAACUUGAGAUACUUAAAAUACUUUAUUUAGAAAUUGUCCAUUAACCGCAGUUUUUUUUUCCUAACUCCUCAGUCACCAGAAAAAGCUUAAGACAACUAGGAUAGCGAUCAUGUAACCUUAUUUUGCUAACACAGUAUGAGUUCUCCUCAGUUUUCAAAGUUAUUGUAUUUGUGUGUACCUAUGUUUGUGGCUACAUAUAAACACACAUGUCUAAAUUUCAGUUACUAACAGUAGAUCAGAAUUGGUUUAAUUUCUUGGAUUGUUGAUUACUCUAUUAACUUUUAACUAAGAAUUCUAAUUUUCUAAUUCCAAGCUAAAAAGUCCUGGGUUUUUUUUACAUUGAAAAAUAAGCAACUUAUUUUCAUAAGGCAUAUUUAAAGGAUUUCCAGCUUCUGCUAUUUGAUUUUGAACUCUAAAUCAUGUAUUAAUACUAUAAAACUGUCUCUGUAUGUAAUCACAGUGAUUUACCUCUUCCAGGAACAAAACAGUAAGAAAGUUAAGAUUGUAAACAAGUUUGCAACAUGAAUACAGUUUUGUAAAGAAACCAAAAGCUUAUGCUGUUAAAUAGAAACUUAUUUUGGUAAGUUGAAAUUCAAGGAUGUAAAUAUAAUUGCUUAAAUGUUAGAGUGCAUUAAGUCAAAUACAAAAAUUGGUUUUCUUAAAUGCAUAAUUAUUUAUUGCCAUGACAAAUUAUUUGGUCCAAAGUAAAGCUAUAUUCAGAAUGAGAUUUGCCCCUUAGAUUGCACUAAUGAUGAAAUAUCUGUGCAAAAUAAAGUGCAAGCAGUGUAAAGCUGAAGUCUGUCUUUCUUCCAGAAUAAGAUUGAUUAAAUGCUAAGAUUUUAUAGCCA